UCUGCUCCUGUCUCCUGUUCCCUCCCCUGGCCAUGACAGAGACCCGUGAGCCAGCUGAGACUGGGGGCUAUGCCAGCUUGGAAGAAGACGAUGAGGACCUCUCUCCAGGCCCUGAACAUUCCUCUGACUCUGAAUAUACUCUCUCAGAGCCGGACUCCGAAGAGGAAGAAGAUGAGGAGGAGGAGGAGGAGGAGGCCACUGAUGAUCCUGAAUAUGACCCCGGCUACAAGGUGAAGCAGCGCCUGGGGGGCGGCCGGGGGGGCCCAUCCCGCCGGGCCCCCCGUGCAGCCCAGCCCACAGGCCCCCCAGCCCAGCCCUGCCAGCUCUGUGGCCGCUCACCCCUGGGGGAGGCCCCACCGGGCACCCCGCCUUGCCGGCUCUGCUGCCCUGCUACAGCCCCCCAGGAAACUCCAGCCCCUGAAGGCAGGGCCCUUGGGGAGGAAGAGGAGGAGCCGCCUCGGGCUGGGGAGGGCCGACCAGCUGGGAGGGAGGAGGACGAGGAUGAGGACGAGGAGGAGGAGGGCACCUACCACUGCACAGAGUGUGAGGACUCCUUCGACAACCUCGGGGAGCUGCAUGGGCACUUCAUGCUGCAUGCCCGGGGUGAGGUGUAGGCAGGGACCCUCCCAGGGAGCUUGGCAAGAGGGGCGGGGUGGGAGGAGGGGGUUGAGGAAACAGGGGUGAUCACAGCAGUCAUGGGGGACAGGGGUACCGCCGGUCUGUGUCGUCUUAGUGGUAGAUGUGUGAAGGCCAGAAUAAAAGCCAAAUUCUGUGUG